AUGCGCAUAGUCUCGAGAAGCCCAUCAGUAGACGCCGGGCGCCUUCGUGGAAGCAGGCGCAGCGCUGAGAGCGGAAGUGCGUCGCGACCAGGAACAUCUAGUGACCCGGCGUCGGACUCAAGCGAGGCGAGCAGCAGCUGCAGCGACUCCAGCGCCUCACGCAGUUCCCGCUCGUCGCCAUCGCCUGAUCGGGAUGGCCGUUCCCGCUUGGGCUCGCCCACGCCCCUAUCCGUCGGCGGGGAGGCUCGGGACUGCGGGCGGCCUCGUCGAGGCGAAGACGGGUCUGGUCGCAGGUGCCUGCAGCGGCUUUCCGAGGACCCUGCUUGGCCUCGCCCUCAGUCCGCCCUCACCGACCUGCACUGCUGCAGACGCCUGCCUGUCGCCUCUGGAUCUCUUUGCUGCCCUUUAAAACCCCCGUGCCCCUCGUUCGCUCAGCCAACGACAUGCGGAGUCCGCGCGUCCCGCUGCGCCUCCGCUGGUCGUGCAGAGUCGCUGUGCUCAGAUUGCUCCCUACUCGAUGUCUACUCUCCGCGGAACCCCUGCUCGAACGCGCGGUCUGCGUCAGCCCAACGAAUCGGACGCAAGCCCCUCUUCUCGCCUUCCUGGCAGCUCGCUCCUACAUCGGAUCCACGCCAGGCUUCCCGUGUUCUGCCGACACACCACAGCAUCCCUGAGGCCCUGUUGCGCCGGGCAGCCGCGGCCGAUGCUGCUGCAAUACAGCGGCGGCGCGUCGCAGCCAGGCGCCAGAGUUCGGCAGCAAAAAAGAAGACCAGACAGCUCCGCAGCGGAGACACCGAAAAACCACGGUCUCUGAGUGCCUGUUCAGCCUCGCCGGGGACUAGUUUCGGGGUAAAGGUCAAAAGCGUGCGAAGCCGAAAGGUGAAGUGCAGUCGUGAAGGAGCCUCCAAGACAACCGCAAGCUUUUCGCCGACAGCAGAGGCAGCCAGGGCGCUCGCGCGGGCGCUUGCGGCAGCCGCCGCCCCCGUCGCGAAGGCCUUGGAGACAGCGGCCCUGUUCGACCGUCUAGGGCCGGGCUCUGGGGGCGAGCCGAAGACCGCCGAGGGGACUGCGAAGGCGACAAAGAGACGGCCGAAGCCUCAGAGCUCAGCGGCGUUCCAGCGCCUCACUCGAUCCUCGGCCUCGCUGACAAAGCAUCCCAACUUCUCGGCGGGGAUAGACUCGUCGCGCGCAUCCGCGAUCGCCCUGCUCGCGCGCGCGACAUCCACCGCUUCGCGUUCGGCUGCCACCACCCUGUCUCAGAGCGCCGAAAAGCUCUUCGCAGGCACGGAGAACGUCUCCACACUUCGGCGGGCCCUGGCGCCUGCGACACCCAUUGAAUCGAGAAGAGCCGCGUCGCGCAAAGCCUCCCAGUCGCCAGCUGCGGCUACAGCAGCCGCCGUGGCGGCCGUCCUGGCGGCCGCUGCAGCACUUAUCGAGGGUGCUGAAGUUGGGGGGGGUUGCGGCUGUAGCGAGCGCACACUGCAGCUCGCAGACGAGGCUAAGACGUGCGUCGCGCGUCUAGAAGAGCUCUCAGGCGCCUCGCAUCAGGCGUCCACAGAGCCUCUCAGCAGCGGCCCGCGUGAGGUCAGCGCAGUGUCGACGGCGGCCUUGACCGCUGCCCAGUCAGCAGCCGCGAGCGCCGAAGCCGCUCCGCGCUCCUUGCGACGUCAGGGGGCGCGUUCACCUGCAGGCGAGCCAGGGCAGCCGCUUCACACCGCUGUCCCGCAGGAGCCGCAUGUGGCCUCCGCUAAGCGUCUUGGAACGCCAUGCGAGAGCUUCGUUCGUGCCGGGGCGAGGCGGCAGCGCACAUUCGACACGCUUCCCCCUGCCGCGACUGGCCGCGCUGCGCGCCCUGCUGAGAGAGACAAGGAGCGAGGGGACGAACCCGGUGGACGCACGCAAAGCGCAUUAUGCAUCGAAGAAGCUACGCGGACUCAGGCGAGCUUCGCAGGCCGCUGGGAAGCGCGCGAGGGCGAGGUGGCUGGGGGCUCAGACAAGGCCGUGGCGCUGAGCAGACGCAGCUCGCUGCGCGCGCAGGAGGCAGCCCAGGCCGCUGCGGAGGCUGCGAAAGAGGCCGCGGCGGCGGUGGCACUUGUCAGACCGAGGCAGCGGGUCCGGCGCGAAAAGGGGCGGCGUUCGUCCCCACGAGUCAACCAUUCUUCGUAUGAGACCUCAAGCGAUCCAGAGGCGGGUGGAGGCGAUUCGCGGCUGCCGUCGCGUUGCGAGGCAGGCCAGCCGCAGGCGCCCCCCGCGGAUGGAGGCCGCGAACGUGAAAGGCGAACCUGCGCGCCGACUUCAAGCUCCAGCCGUACAGAAAGUAGAUGCAGUUCGAGAGAGGGAAGCCACGGUCGCCAGCGACGGGGUGGAGCCCGCUCAGAUGUAUCUAGAAGGCGCGCCCCUUCGGCGUCUUCGCGCGGGGCUCUCGGCGCCGCGGACGGUGCGCUACCGCCCCCGAGCACUGGAAGGCCAACGCGGCGCGAGGACAGACAUGCCGCGCAGGAGCAGGGCAGUGACAGUGGGGACACAGCAAGCGAGGGGGCGUAUGGGCAAGAAACGGAGGCCUGCCAGAAUAUUUCCUCUACCUCUGCAUGCGUGGUCUCGCUCGGAUUCGCACAUGAGGACGAGGCGCUGGGGGGGGGAGACGCUUCUGCCGCAUCUCUCGUCCCCUCUCGGAACACACUGCUGCGAGCCGCUUCGGGGACGCAGCGAGAGCUAGCAGAAAGAGUCCCUGACGAGCAGCCACAGCACAGAUGGCAAGCGAGAGCGCGGCGCGCGCCCGCGGCCGAGCAGCCUAAAGCCGCACAAGAGCCGAGCGCGACCCGAGGGGCCGGCGCGCCACAGAAAGAAGAGAACGCUCAUGCGCGUUCACAACAAAGCACGAAUUUGCCUCGAACUGCCUCGAGCCGUGCCGACUCCUUGAAGACUGCGCCUGACGGCGAGUAUGCACCAGAGACGAAACCAGCGAGGCGCCCGUCUCCGUUAGCCUCGGCAGCAGAUGCAGAGUCAGGAGCUAGGGAAAGCCUGUCCGCCGCACACGGCGAACCCCCAGCCCCGAAACGAGAGAAGAAGAAAUCGAAAAAAAACAGACAGGAAAGCGAACCCGCUGCUAGCACUGCGCUUCUGGCGGACGACCGAGGGCGUGCCGACGAGAGACGAAAGGAGAGGAAGCACGCGAAAGCCGCUCAGCUCGAAGAGCCGAGAGACUCUGUCGCUGCCGCUCCAGGGGAGACACCGGGCGCCUCAUUGUCUCCUCUGGAGCGAUGCGAGGUCAGCCGACGCGCCAGCAGCUGCGGCGUAGAGGCGCUCGAGGAGCCUGCAGGCGAGCAGACUCCACUGCAAAGGAAGCUGAGUAAAAGCCGCAAACACGCAGACGCGAUGGAGCGUGCAGCCACCGGGGUGGCUCAAGCUGCGAAGGACGCUCGCGAAGCAGCUGCAGCUCUCUCUGAAGUGGCGCGGCAAGAGGUGGAAGAGGCUGCGGAGGAGGCGGAGCGAAAGCGGAAGACAGCGAUGAAGCGUGAGCAGGCAGCGCGCAGCGGCGAGGAGGAGGCCGCGAGGGAAGUAGGCGAGCAGAGGGCUGGCGACGCACAUCCGCUCAGCAAACGAGAGGGAAAGGAGAGGCGCGACAAGCGAAAGGGAACCUCCGCGAAGGAAGAAGUGAAACACGCAGAGCCGGGAGAAGGCCAGGAAAUGAGGGCGAGAGAGCAAGGGGGCAACAGGGCUUCAGAAGAGGAGCCAGACGGGCAGACCAAGACAACGAAGAGUGCAAAGAAGAAACGCGAGCCCGGAGGCGAGAAGUCCACGCAUACAGAAGAGAAGGACGCAAGAAAGAAAAGCGAAAAAACAAAGGCCAGAGAAGACGCAGAAGCCGCAGCAGCCGCGAAGUUCUUCCCAGCAGCCAAUCAAGAUGGCAUGACUGCGGAUAAUGCAGGGAAAAAGGAUAAGAAGAAGCAACGUCGCGAGGAGACAGGGGACGACGGAGGCAAACCGGGAAGAGACCGCCAGAUUGCCCCGGAUGUUGACGAAGCAGAUCAAACAGGGAAUGGACUUCGCGCGCCGUCGCACGCCCUCAAAAUCCUCCCCCGAGGGCUUCGCGCUCGCGUGGAGCGCCGCGCGGUCUGUCUCGCGCCUCAGCCGUCUGCUUCCAGUCCGCCGCGUCUGCAGCAGACGCGGCCCCUCGCCCCUGCCCGCUGUGGAGGGGAGAGACAGGAGACAGAGUCGACCCCCCCAGGGCGCGAACGCAAGCCCCCGAGGCGCCCGACGCCGCUCGCCACAGAGGCGCCACAACGCGAAGCCGAGGCUCCGCCUCCUCGCGCAGCGACGACCAGCAGCGAAGGCCAUCUGACUGCGGGCGCGGGAGACGCAGAUUAUGCGACAGACUCUGCCGUGCACCCAGAAGCGCCUGAAGAGGACAUAGGCAAGCCUCAAGCAGUCGCGGCGGCUGAUGCGCCGCGCGACGCAGGACCGGCAACUCGCCGCACAAACCUCAAAGCUCAGGAGAACGAACAGCCCCGCGCCAGUCGAGCCGCGCUGCGCCGCCCGACGGCUCGCGCCACGGAAGCCUCGGAAGCAGCCACGACGCCCCCAGUGAAAGUGGACUGCACCCGCAGAGCCGCGAAGCCGGGGAGACCGGCGAGCGCCGCGGAGGCGUCUGGGCGGUCGCCCCGGGCGCGCGCGGCGCUGAGUGCCCUCGCCCAGAACGCGACUCAGCGCACACGCGCACGGGCGAGAAAGGAGACAGGGAAGACGCAGCCGUGGAGGCGGAUGCUGCAGUGGGAAGAGGAGUGGAGGCGCCAGAAGAGCUGGCGGGAGCGGCAGCUCUGGACGGCACGAAGAGCUGCGCGGAACCGGCUCGACGCAGCUGGACCGCUGUUUCUGGCGAGGCCCUGGACGGCCUCGGGGGGCGCUAGGAACCCCGACAGAGGUCGAGAGAAAGGAGACAGACGAGACGCAAAAGCCAGGGCUCUGGCCUGUCGGCGAGCGCUCCCCGCCUGGCUGGUCAGGGGCGAAGGCCCGCCGAGCGCAGGAGAGGACACUGAGGGCGGCGUAGGAUGCGAGAAAGAGAGAGAACCGGCAGCUGCAGCUGGAAGAAAGGCCGGCGAGACGCAGCAGCAGGAGACGACGACGCACACCGAUGAAGAGAGAAAGACGGAGGCCACGGGCAAGCCGUCAAAGUCGCAUCUGCCAGGAGCCGAUCCGGCGGCAACGCCAGAUUUGAACGACAGCGAUAAAGAGAACACCCGCUGCGAAGGGAAAUGCAUUUGCAUGCGCUCUGAAGGGGAGCAUUUGCGCGACCGAUCCACAACAGCGGGAGGCAUUUCGACGCGCUCGCCCUGGGCGCAAAACAGAAACGACACUGCAACUCCUCCAUGUCGCCUCGACAGUCUCGCGGCCGCAUCGCUCGCCUGCAUUCCGCGUCCGCCUGCCAUCGCGGCUUCCCUGCUGCAGCCCUGUGAGUGGUGCGCGGCGAGCGACGGCGCAGGCUCGCCGGCGGAAGCGGAAAACCGAAACUCGUUCCAGUUCUCUCCGGACUCGCCGCUGCGCCGUUCGCCUGCGAUCUCGUCAUGCAAAACUGCUACUCGCUGCGGCCAAGCUCGCGCCCAGUCGUUUGCUUCUAGCGGCGAAAGAAACUCUCUUCUCUCUUCGGGGGCUGCGGCCUGCGGCUGGCUGCCGCUGGAUGCGGACGCGGCCUCUGCCGACGCAGAGACGCUGCGUCGAAGCGCAGGCGAGACUGGCGAAAGUGCUCAGAGCAGACGCCAGGAAUUGGAGGGGGCUUGUCGCCAAGCGAAAUGCAGAGAGCCGCGGCCGGUCGAGGCUCGAGCCGCCGAGGGACGAAGGCACCAGCGCCAAGAUGGAGGAAAACGCAAAGGGAGCAGACAGCCCAGCCUGCGCUCUUCGUCGCGCUCCACCUUGCAGAUUGUCAAGGUUGAGGCGCGCCGUCUCCGCACCUCGCGGUUGGCGAAAAAAGACUUGAGGCGAGCCGCCGAAAAGGCCAGCAAGCUAGAAAGACGCCUCGAGGCCCUCCUCCGGUUCGCGCACUGCCUAAGCGCCACUCCUGAGCAGUUCCUGCCUCCGGCAGACGCGCUGAGCAAGCCGGGUUCACCUCCUAGGGAUGGGUGCGCGCUGCCUGGCUUAGUUAAUGUCAAUGAGAAGGACUCCAGCUGCGACUGGCUCGCCGCUGCCUCGCCUCUGCCGGGGGCAUCGGCGCAGAGAAGCGCACUGCCUUGCGACUCUAUGCAAAACGAAAAAGAAGAGAAAGAAGGAAACGCCCGUGGCGAUUCCGCGGGCUUGACCGACGUCAGGGAAGCUUCCGGCGAGGGCGCGAGACAGCGGAAGGCAGCUGAAACAACACACCGGCCGCUGAACGAAUCGAACGAACGCCAGCUAGCAACACACGCGCAGCGGACACGGUGGCGGGUGAGGAAUGACGAGCCGGAGGAGAAGCAGACGACUCGUGACAUCUGCGACAGCCCCGCGGGCUGCGACGGCAUUCCGCGAGGGCUGACUCUGGAUCUCCGCGGGAUUAACACUCGACGUGCAGUCGCCGCUUUGCAGGCGAGUCUUCGGGAGAUUCGCGGUGCGACAGGGCUUCUGCUUCAGGCGUUUGGGGUUCGCGACGAGGCCGUAGGGAACCCGACGCCCCCGGCUAGAGUGGGGAUCAGGCACGCUGAGGAGGGACGAUCAGACUCAAAUGCAGACGAACGAAGAAGGCUGGAGGACAAACUAGGCGAAGGAGAAGACGCAGGCGACGCGGGAGGGGCAAGAAAAAAUCCGCUCAAAGGGAGCGACAGCGAAACGCGAAGUCUACUGGAAAGAGACAACGACGUGAACCGAACUGCGGGCGGACGGACAGACGCGCAAGCGAAGCGGGAUCCGGCCAAGCGAGGAAGCGGCAGUUUAGCUGCAGCAGAGCGACCUCGAUCUACCGCGCGCAGUCUAGCGAAGGAGGCGGCUGCUGACGUGGCGCAGCUUGCCGAGGUAUGCCUUGCUCCCUCGUCCAGCGACGGGAGAAACGCGAAUGAGUCUCGCUCGCGCCGACUCGCGCCUCCAAGGCGAUGGAGCCGCCUAGGGACCGGAGAGUCUCUUUCUGACCGCCCAUUUUUCAGCCAUACGAGUCCUGGAGAGCUUGCCUCACAUGACGCGGGCGCCUCGCCGCGCCGAGGCGACGACUGCUCCGUUUCAACGCUUGCCGCCGCGCCCUGGGACCCAGACAAGCGCGCUCCCUCGACAGGGGACAGCCGCGACACAGACACCGACGCGCGGGACUCAAACACCCCCUCGUCUGCAGUCUCCUCGGCCUCGUCCGCGUUGAUUUUGGAGGUGCUGGAGCGCUGCAUUCUCUCCUGCGAAAGAAAGGAAGCCCGCGUGAGGCAGACGCGCCUAGGGCCUGAGUUGACGCGCGAGGUCGACGCAGCUCGUUUCUACGCGAUUGCAUGUCAGGCUACUCCAAAACACCCCCUACUGCUGCUCGCGCGGGAGGCACACCCCAGUGAGGAGCUACCAGGCUCAUCUGCUCAAAGCGCUUCUCUAGAACGCCUCGAUGCGAAUGCGACAGGAUGCGCCGAAUGGAGGCGAGAGCUGCAGGGGUACGGCGGGCGCCAGGUGGCAGGAGGGACGGAUGAGCGGGGCGAACGUGACGCAUUAGGCUCAAGCGGCGCUCAUGGCUGCGGGGGAGCCGCGAGAAUGGUGAGCGAGGUGACGAAGCUGCGGCGGACAAGGCGCGAGUCUGUCCCUUCCGCUGACGGUCAGAUCGCGCAUGCACGGCGGGUACGUCUCCCUGGGCAAAGCGCGGAAGACGCACCGGCGGGCGGAGAGACAGGCCGGUCGAAGGGACCGAAAGGGCUCGAGGCCCUUAAGGCCUUCGAUUUGUCGCCGCCGCCAGCCAUCGUCUUGGAGAACGCGCUGUCCGCCGACGACGUAAAAGAACUUCUCGCUUUCCGCAUGCAGCGAACCGCGCGCCUUCUGAAGCGCGAGCCUUUGCUGAGGGCGAAGCUCUCUGAGCAGCGAAGGUGCCGCUCCAUCGCGAGGCGAGACCGGGCGGGCGGGCGAGAAGGAAACAGUGGAGCCCGAGCGAGCGCGUGGAUUCCAGAGGCCGACGCGACCGCCGCAGCCGAAGAGGGACUCGCCCACGAGGAGAAUGAACUGUUUCGAACGUGCGGGAGCUGGACCGUGCGUGAAGAAAUCGCGGAGACGCUGCUCCAGGAAAUUGCCGAGGAAGCCCUGGAGGGCGCAGAGGACAUCGUCGCCCAGAUGUUGAAGAAGCGCGCCGAGCAAGCCGAGCUGCUCGCCCAUGCACUCGGGCGUGUCCGCCCCCGAAGGCCCUCGCCUGAGGCCUAA